UGUGGAGCCGUAGUCAUGGACGUCCUAAAGGAAAAGUUCGAGGCCUACCGCGACACGGUCCUCGCGGACCUUGACGUCAACGAGACGUUACUGAAGUACAUGCUUCAGGCUAGCCUAAUCGACGCUGCUGAAAGCGCUAAGUAUAAGGCGAUGCCAAUGUCGAUGGAGCGCAACCAGGAACUGAUGACCGCCAUGACGGAGAGAAGGACAGACCGCGCAUACCCACUGUUGUUGACCUGUCUGAGGAAGAGUGACCAGGGCCGUAUAGCUGACCUUCUUACUGAUGUCACCCAAACCGAGGCUCCGGAGGGUGAUGAUGUCAUGGAUGUGAGUCAAGAAGACAACCAGGAUCCGCUGGAAACUGAAGACACGUGCACGGGUCAGGAACCCGAGGAAGCUAACCCCGACGUCGACGCCGACCCCACACUCGAGCACGAGAGGUCACCGGAACGGAGAUGCCUCGAUUUUGAGGCAUUGCGGACAACCCAUGCCGAACUGGAUUCUGUGUUGAAGGAGCUCAAGGUGUUCCUUAACAAGGAGGAGCGAAGAGUUGGUUUAGAAACACAGACUAUCAAAAACAGGCAAGAACAGGGAAAACAACUUGGACGAAAUGAGUGUAUCGCCGAGAACAAUCAAGAAGAUCAACAGCUCCUCACGAGAGUCGCUGCCACAAUGGCUGACGUGCUGGCGGACAUCGGCCGCUGCCAAGGUGUGAUCCACAAGCUUCACCAUGACUGCCAGGCCGUUGCUGACGUCAACAGUGACAUGAUGACGCAGACCAAGGCGUGUGACGCGUGGAUAAGAACCAUACUCAAGUCUCAUCGACUUCCGGUCUCCCAUACUCCCGUGCCAGACCGGGUGGCAGAUCUGUUCCAGGUGUUGAUGGAUGACGUGUAUGCCUUGACAAAAGGUCGGAACAGGGUGAUGACCAGAGAGAAGGAGACGAGGACUCAGUCAAUGCGAAUGCUACGGAUCUGCCGCGACAGAUUAAAUGACCGAUGUCAGGUCCUUGACCAGCUCUACUCUUCAGACACCUCCAUGGCAACCGCCAGGUACCUCCCCACAUCUACUAGGCUCAGCGUCAACAGCAGUGUUACAUCAACACCUUUGGUGACCACACCCUCCAUCAGCAGACAUGGAGAUCGACCUUAUGUUGUGGACCCCUAUCCUAUCUCUUCAGUUAUGGAAGGUAUCAAUCUUCUAGAGCAUCAGAUCACAGAAUACGUUCAACUUGAAACUGUCCUCACAGACAAGUUACGAUCAGAGCUGAGAAUCAAACAAUUACAAAAGAAAGCCCAGGGAUACACAUCUAAGGGAUUCUUCACAGUCAAACAGCAUAUAGAUGACAUAGAAAAGGGUGUAGAUGUGGAUGACAAUCUAGGCAGACUUAAAGGGGUGCUGGUCAAACUCUCAGAGGAAUACGAUCAGUGUGUGAAUUACAUGAAGAGGAUGACAUUAAACCUGUCCCGGACUUCUGCAGCUAAUUCCGGCGAGGCUAAUAACCACAACAUUGAAUCUAAGUCGUCCUCAAAGUCUAUCAUGCUCAAGAAGAGACCAAAAGAACCUGUAAAAGUACCAACCCUCCAUUUACCCAAACUUGUUCCUGAAAACACCUUCUCCAACCUGGAUUCAGAGCCAGGAACUAUACGAGGAAAACCUCUCCUGAAUAGGCUGAAGAUGUUGGUAGCUGACCACGAGGCAACCAAACACAACCAGAGAACCAUGGCACAAAGGUUCCAGCAAGACUGGGAGAAGAGGACCCGGGACCUCACAGAGAAGAUUCGCAAGAAGGAUGAAGAAUUGCUAAACAUCCAGUACAGGUUGAAGGAAAUGACGGCGGACAGGGACAAGUUCAGGAAAUUGUACGACCAGGCUAAGCUUAGCCAUGGCCGAAAGGGAUAAGAUUUACACUGUAUGUGUUACACUAUUGUCGUUUUCUGGACAAACCGAAUGGAUCAGAUGUGGCAUUGUUCUAUAGCUUUGCUAUGUCCUGGAAAAGAUGAGUCGCGGUAGGGGAUAAGGUUUACCACUUUAUUACAUUGUUGUCGGGAUAAGGGAUAAGGGGUGGCAUAGUGCUAUAGCUUUGUGAUGUCCUGGGUGCAGUUGUACAAAGGGAUCUUAUGGCUAAGGUGAUCGUAACUCGCAUACCUUAACAUAGACUUACGAGUAUCGUAGCGCUAAGGAAGGGGUGAAGUUUACCAAUGUAUAUGGUGCUGUUAUGUUCAAGACAAGCUGACGUCAUCAAGGGUGACAGUGUACGAUGGCUCUGUAAUGUUCUGGAACAGUUCAGCCUUGGCGGAGGAUUAGGAUUUACCCGGUAGUCCAGUUUUGUUCAGGAAGAAAAUUGUCGAUUAUUGUAGCACAUGAUUAAACACCAUAGCCAAAUUGAUAACGGUAUAAUCAACGUUAAUUGUUCUGAAGAACCCAAAUGCGUGGUUCGCGUGUUGAGUCCUUAAAACAUGGUCAAUAUUCCUCUCCUGCAGCCUCCUGCUACACAGUAAGCACUGUUACCACGACCAGAAGCAGCAGCAUCGUCAUUUACUGAAUUCAAAAGAAACGCCAGUGUUACAAAUGUUGCACAUUACAUGAAAUACGACAUAAAUCAAGGCGAAGUAAUGUGUGUUCGAUGCACAGAUAGUCAUUCUCGGCGUCGACGUGUUCUGAUGAUACCGACAUGGCUGCUAAAGGAGGGCACACUCGACACUGAAAUGUCAUUUCACUAUCAAGUAAGAUUACAAAAUGGGACAAUCUAACGACGUCUUAAUCACAAAGCACAAACCACGCCUGGUUAUGAAUAAAGAAUAUUUCUGUGUU